UUCAAUGGCGUGGCAGGGGCUGGCGGCCGAGUUCCAGCAGGUGCCGGCGGUGACCCGGGCCUACACCGCGGCCUGCGUUCUCACUACAGCUGCAGUGCAGCUAGAGCUCCUCAGCCCCUUCCAGCUGUACUUCAACCCGCACCUUGUGUUCCGGAAGUUCCAGGUCUGGAGGCUUGUCACCAACUUCCUCUUCUUUGGGCCCCUGGGAUUCAGCUUCUUCUUCAACAUGCUUUUCGUGUUCCGCUACUGCCGCAUGCUGGAGGAGGGGUCCUUCCGAGGUCGCACAGCCGACUUUGUCUUCAUGUUUCUUUUCGGGGGUGUCCUUAUGACUCUCCUGGGACUUCUGGGCAGCCUGUUCUUCCUGGGCCAGGCCCUCAUGGCCAUGCUGGUGUAUGUGUGGAGCCGCCGAAGCCCUCGGGUGAGGGUCAACUUCUUCGGCCUUCUCACCUUCCAGGCACCAUUCCUGCCCUGGGCGCUCAUGGGCUUUUCACUGCUGCUGGGCAACUCAAUCCUUGUGGACCUGCUGGGGAUUGCUGUAGGCCACAUCUACUACUUCCUGGAGGAUGUCUUCCCCAACCAGCCUGGAGGCAAAAGGCUGCUGCUGACUCCCAGCUUCCUGAAGCUGCUACUGGAUGCCCCUGAGGAGGACCCCAAUUACCUGCCCCUUCCUGAGGAGCAAUCAGGACCCCAUCUGCCACCCCCACAGCAGUGAGCCCACCCUGAGCAGCCCAAGGCUUUUGGCAGGCCUCUAUCCUACCUUAACCCUCACUUGCAGCAGAGCAACUCAUCUUGGAGGCUGGGCUGGUGUAAAGGAUCAUUCAUCAGAAUAAACAGAGUAACCUGAGCUUCUAGGACCACAGCACUGGCUUCCCCUACCUCAGCCAGCCACACCCUCCCAUGCCCCUAUGCCUAUCUUCUGCCUAUGCCUAUCCUUCCAAUUGUAGGUGGUAGGACAGGGGAGCCAGAGAGGACAAUCACCCUGCCACAGAUGCCCAGCAAGCGGAGAACACAGGCUCUGUGUUCUCGUCCCUGCCCUACCAGAGUCUUGAUGGAGCACUGAGGGAAAGUCCUACCCACGCUGGAUCUCUGGCUCCCCUGCCAGUUGAUGAGGGAUGGCCAGAUGACCACUUGGCCUCUUCCAUCCUCAUCGAUAAUCUCAACAAGUAGACCUUGUCUCAUUUUCCAGCUAGUAACUUGGAGGACCCAUGGGGACAGGUGCGGAGGAUUUCCAGGUCUGGGUCCUCUGCCCUUUUCUGUGAGCCCAGAGCCUUGAGAAGUUCUACCUUAGCAGAGACCCAAGACUGGCCAAGACAGAGACCUCUGGGAAGGUCUGUCUCUGCUACUACAGCUGAGGACCUGUGUGAGCCUUCUCCAACCACCCAAAUUCCCUUUUCUCUUUUGGAACAUGGACAUCAGACAUGGCUGGCUUUCCUUGCUCUAGGCCUGCCCUGCUGUGGUUUUUUUCCUGGAUACUCAGCAGCAGAAGGAUUCCCCAGCCACUGGUUGUCAUUUUCAUGGUAACAAAAAUAUUCUGAGUCUGACUUCAAUUUUGUAGUGAAAGCUAAUGGAGCAGCAAUUCUGCUGUCUCAGCUGGCAGUGCUUAAAGGGUCCAGAAGCAGACAGGAUUUAGGAAUGGGAGGUCCUGGUCCACCAGCCCCUCUUAGGCAGGUGGACCUACCUGUCGAGGAGGGUGUGGGGUCAGGGUUCCUUCCAUCUCACCAGUUGUGGCAGUAUAGGGCUCAUGGAUCUAGCAAACCCACCAGGAAUGGAGUCCACUGUUUCUAAUGCCAGCUGGGCCUGAUCUUCCUCUUUGCUUAGGGUCUACUGGUAAAGCCUGGCUAUUCCCUUGCUGUGGGCCUCUGGUGAAUUCCACCAUUUGACAGGUAGAGGGCCUGAGAGCAAACUCUGAACGGUCUUGAUCCAGGACAAGGGUUCCCAGUCCAGAGGGUCAGAGGAACUACAUCCUGGCAACCAAGAACCCCAGUCCCUACUCAGGUCCACCCCUGCCCUGUAUGGGCUCCGCUUGGUCACAAGGGCUCCUGUCAUGCCCUUUGGGAUAACAUCCUCUGACCCUCAGCCCUGACUUGGCAGGGAAGGACCUGCCAGCAGCCAAGGGUGAUAGGAGGAACUGGGGAUCUGGGACUACUGUCUUCAGUAAGAUGAGCUGCACAUCCAGUUUGCCAUCCACUUGGCUCAGAAAAGACCCAUACAUGCCACUUUCAUGGAGCCCAAAGUCACUUUUUAGAGUGGGUACACUUUCACAUUACAGACAAGGAUAGAGGGGACAAGCUCAUCAGAAGCAUAGCUGGGAAGGGGUAGGACCUAUGCCUUCUCUCUACACAG